GAUAAGAAAGCAUAACAGGGUCAGUGUAUGGUAGCUUGAUUGCGCUGUUGCGAAGGCUGAAGAGGAGAAUUGUUCGGAAGACCAACAGUGGAGGGAGGCUGCAGGACGACACAUUCAUGCCACCGUCGUUUAACUCGCCGCAGAUGCCGAGUAACUAUUAAAAAAAAAGUCAAAUCGAUUAAUCAGGAGGCGGAACGCUGUAUGACCUUGCUGUGAAUGUCAUCAUAAACGGACAACAAAAAAACAACAACCCAUCGACACCACCAGGUCAUCAGACAUGGAGAUCGUUACGCACUUGAUCAAUGACACCAUAGAGUUCUACAAGUGGACCUUAACCAUUGCAGACAAACGAGUGGAGAAAUGGCCCCUGAUGAACAACCCCCUGCCCACAUUGGCCAUCAGUACAUCCUACCUUCUGUUCCUUUGGCUGGGGCCCAAAUACAUGAAGAACAGGGAGCCCUUCCAGCUCCGCAAAACCCUCAUCGUCUACAACUUCAGCAUGGUCUUCCUCAACUUCUUCAUUUUCAAAGAGCUGUUUAUGGCCGCUCGGGCAGCGAGGUACAGCUACAUCUGCCAACCGGUGGACUACUCGGACGACCCCAAUGAAGUCAGGGUUGCAGGAGCCCUGUGGUGGUAUUUCAUCUCCAAAGGCAUCGAGUAUCUGGACACGGUUUUCUUCAUCCUGAGGAAGAAGUUCAACCAAGUCACUUUCCUGCAUGUCUACCACCACUGCACCAUGUUCACGCUCUGGUGGAUCGGCAUCAAAUGGGUGGCAGGAGGACAGUCAUUCUUUGGUGCACACAUGAAUGCAGCCAUCCACGUCUUAAUGUACCUCUACUACGGCCUGGCUUCCUGCGGACCGAAGAUCCAAAAGUACCUGUGGUGGAAGAAGUACCUGACCAUCAUCCAGAUGAUCCAGUUCCAUGUGACCAUUGGCCACACGGCCUUGUCCCUCUACGUCAACUGCGACUUUCCCCACUGGAUGCACUACUCCCUCAUCUGCUACGCCAUCACCUUCAUCAUCCUCUUCGGCAACUUCUACUACCAGACCUACCGCCGCCAGCAGCCCAGACGUGACGCCUCUUCGUCCAAAGCUAGCAAAGCCGUCUCCAACGGGGCCAUCAAUGGACUCAGCAAGGCCGCCAAUGGCGCAACGGCGGCGGGGGGCAAAGACGACAAACCCCAGGAAAACACCGGCAGGCGAAAGAGGAAAGGAAGAGCAAAACGAGAUUAGACGAUGACUGGUGAGGCUGACCUGCUUUGAUUUCUUGGAAUUUUCGUCAAAGAGAAAGAAUGGAUGAGGUACAGUGUGAUGUAUUUAUUUCAAGCCAUGAUCUGAGUUGAUGUAGAUAUUCCGUACGAGACCGGUUGGUGUCAGGAGGGCGUUGUUGAGGCGUCACAGCCGUGGUCACAAAAAGCCAAAAUUAGCGUGGGAUCCGAGUAUCCCGUAUCUUAUUGAGGUGCCAAGUGGUGUAAAAAGCGGUUGAGAAAUGAAUAUUAUUUCUCCGCAGCGUGCUGGAAAUAAAUAGAUUUACGACAACAGGAACUCAUUUUCCAUAAGAUUCCAAUUUUAAAACCGUUAUUGAGCCAAGGCAUGUAUUUCACAGAGCGAUAUAUAAAUGGCAACAGAUGGAUACACGGGAUAAUUAUACGGGAUACCUUCUAUUGUUCUGCCUGUCAAUGCUCCUUGCAAAGAGACAUUUUUAUUUAUACCAACUACAUGAAAUUGGAUCAAUCCAACAAUCCAAAAAGAAACAAUCAUGUCUGUUUAAUUUCGAACCAGGCCAUCCCCAUGAAACGGAUCAUGCAGUUCAGGCGACUUGUUAUAUGACGCCACUAUUCACACGGCGGAUUUUUCCAUCUGCGAUAUACAAAUAUCAUUUCAUCUCCGUAUACAGUAUACGUCUUUGCUAUUCAUUAUUCGCUAAGCAUUAAAGAUGAAGCACCUCAAUAUGAAGUGGUGAAUUAUAAGCGAUCAUACAAACUGUAAUCAUUUCUAAUCCUUUUGGACCGGGAUUGUUCCAUUACGUGUGGACGUUACUAAGUGAUAUAACAGUGUAAUAUAUUUGCUUUCUGUCGGUAUUCUAGGUUUUGUCUCUACUUGUGUGUAAUGUGGCAACGUGGACCCGAUACGGUACGUCAUUCCCAAAGCCUCACCCUCGCCAAUAUGUCAACUGUAAAGAUGUUUUUUUUUCUCUUGAAAUGAUCAUUAUAUUUUUGCGGGCAUCGUUUGUCUGCAUGCGUGCAGAUCAAAAGUUAUGUUUUUAAGCAUAUCCAAAGCGAGCUUAUAACUUGUUUUUAAAUCAAUUUUUAUCUCCUUUUAUCAAAUACAUUCAUUUAUUUUCAAGCCUUUAUGAUAUGUUUCCAGACUUGUUUUUUUUUGUCUUGUGCUGCCUUGAAUGUAAACACAUCAUCAAAUUAAUAUUGAUUGGAAAAGACUGCAUACAGGUUGAACAAACAACUGCUGUGUCUGUAGUAUGAAAUGUCAGUCAAUUAUCCAGUUCCCACCAACAGCCACUGGACUCCUUUUUAUUGGUUGUUUUUUGUCUAUUUUGGCUGUAUAAAUACGUAUCUUUUUUUUAAUUAUCUCUCUGAGAAUGCUUGUCGUGUAUUUGUGUUGUACAUAUUACAUCGUGAUCUUUUGUACUCUGCAUUGGGAACGCUCCCGGCUUGUUGGCUCGGACAUUGAAACGUCCACAUAAAUGUCCACAUUGCUUAUGUGUGAUUUUUUUUUUAUAUAUAUUGUAUAAUUGAACUCUCUUCAAAUUAAAUCUAAUGCCUGUACACGC